UAAGUGCUGUUUAUGCUAACCCCUUGUAAGUUGUAAUAAUGGCAAAACGAACGGGCAGUGGCACAUCCCCUCACCAAGCCAAAGUAAAAAAGAAAUGCGAUUCUUUUAAGAUGGAAUGGCUGUCGGCGUAUGUGCAAACGGAAGAAAAAACUGUGAAACUGGGUGAGAUUUUUUCUUUUUCGAGCGAGAAAGGUCUGCUCUGCAAAAUAUGUUGCGAAGCCAAAAUAGCAAGCGAGUUUUCGGAGGGGAAAAUGUGGACAGAAUGGAAGCUGGACUACCUCAAGCGUCACAUUCAGCACCAAAGUCAUUUGAAAGCGGUGGGAAUUGUAAGAAGAUGCAAGAUGGGAAUGGGGAUCGGUACAUUGUUGAGGGAGAGCACCAAAGAUCGAGAGAAGAGGAACGAGCUGUCACUCGUAAAGAAAUCCAACCCCGAGCAAGUUAAAGUUCUCAUCGACGAUAUUCUCCUAGCCAUCAACAUGAAUGCCUCUAUGCUGUCGGUUCAACAAAUUCACGAUCACAUGGCAAAAUCCACUGUAAAGAGGGGAAAAUUGGAAGAGCUAGCAAAGAUUCUUGAUGAGGAUUCGCUGUCAUUCAGGCCUCUGAACGAAGUGCGGUGCUGUCGCGGGACAAAGCCGUGAAUGCUGUUCUGAGGAACUACACUGUCCUGGAAGAAUACUGCAAGAGAGAAUCCAGUGAUAACAGAGAUCCAGUGGCGAAUUACUGUUACAAAAAGCUGACCGAUUCAAAGUUCAAGUUUACUCUCACUGCUCUAGGAGAUGUUUUGGGCGAGCUGGCACAGCUGUGUCUUUCUUUUCAAAAACGCAACCUGAUUGUGAUGGAGGGGCACUGUUUUGCAAGAGCAAAGAUUGAGAAGCUGCGUUCCCAAUACUUGACAGGGGAAAAGGAUAUCAAGUGGAGUGACCGCGUCAAAGAGGCGAUGAGGGCCUCGUCAGUUGAUGGCAGAGAUACCGGCGGUGAGAUUAUUUGUUUUAUUUGUAAUCUCUGCGAUCACUUGGAUGCUCGUUUUCCAAAGGAUGAAUUAAAGGAGUGGUCUGCAUUGGACAUUGAGGUAUUGAGCUCAGACAUCAGUUUUGAGUACGGAGCAGCAGACAUUGCCACAUUGGCAAAGAAGUAUGAGGCCAUUCUCCACCAGCCACAUUCUGUGGAGGCCAGUAACGGUGAAUAUGCUGAAUUCAAGUACAUAAUGAGGCAAAAACUGAAACAAGGGUCAAUCAGCACAUUUUCAGAUAUGGUGGCUGCAACACUAAAAUGUGAGGAGCUGAAACACGUCUCACAGCUUGUGGAUAUUUGUGCUACAUUUCAAGCAUCCAGUGCGGAUUGUGAAAGAGGAUUUAGUUUAAUGAAUCGGAUCAAAACAGCAUCCAGAAAUCGUCUUGAAGUGGAUCAUUUGGACCAGCUGAUGCGCAUAAAGUCAAAGCUGCAAGCAGACGAGGACAUCAACCUGGACAAUGUGUACAACCAUUGGAGAUGUGAGAAGGACAGACGGGAAAAUUAAGGUGAAAUUUAAGUCUUCAAUCAGAAUGUGCUCAUCUAGUGUCACUUAUUUACAAUUUUCUUUUAUGGAUAUUGAUCAUUGAACACUGCCACUAGUUUGAGUUGUAAAAAUCAAAUGAGUGUGUCAUAUACUGAAUUUUGUGGAAAAAGAGUUACUUGACUGUCUCCCAGACCACAGUAGAACAAUCUCACCCAGUGCAUGGCAGGAGCUUCACACAAUGGCUUAUGCUCAUAAUGCAAGUCAGAGCUUUAUAAUAAAAAUGUUAAGUAUGUUUUCAAAAUCGGGAGUUUAAUCUUUAACAAGAUUUUUGUAAUUUUCAUUGUGUAAGUGGGCUAAAUCACUUAAUUAAAAGUGUUAUAACAGAAAUGUAAAUGCUGUAAUUUGAUUCUUUUAAUAAAUCAUGUGACUUGAAUGGAUGCGAUGCUGGCAUGACCCGCACGUCUGAUGUUGCUCACAGUGGUCCAAGGGACCGCUCAGGGAGUUAGUGUGCUUGCUCAGACUCGUGAAAAAUUAGAGGGAACAUUGCCUGCCCCUCCCUUCCUUCUGCUGACGUCGCCUCUCAGAUCUCUGGAAGCGGGGAUCCGUCCACUGUGAAUUCCCUUCCUCCAGAUCUGCUGCCGGCAAUUCUAGCACGUGGCUGGCUUUGUGCUCACAUGCUGUAGGAAUGAGGUUUGUUUGUUCAUUCUGUCCAGGCAUGGUGCCAGGGUUGGGGGCUGGAGGCAUGCCAGGCUGUUCCUCUUCAUUAUCAGACUCUGAAUCGGAUAGCAGGCCUGGCAGGAGGAGGG